UGCAAUUACGUCACGUGUGACGCGCACCGUAAUGGUGGUCCUAUUUUAUGUGCUUCACACUGGAGACUAUUGUUGAUAAUUUGUUAAUUUACUGCGGAUGAUAAUGACUUAUUUUUACUGAGUCAAUUAUUCCGGAAGCCACAUGUUAAAGUCUAGUGCAGCGGGUCCAUCCAGUGUGGCCUCUCCUCAGCCAAUGAAGGAUGCCAAGGAGAACUUGUCAAUGGCUGGCCAAGCCAUUUUGGACCACAUCAAGCCAUGCUGGUACUGGGACAAGAAGGACUUGGCCAACACCCCAUCUCAGUCUGAGGGCUUGGACCCUGGUACAGAAGCUCGGUAUCGGAGAGAGGGUGCACGCUUCAUAUUUGAUGUGGGAACCCGACUUGGCCUACAUUACGAUACACUGGCAACUGGCAUCAUAUAUUUCCAUCGCUUCUACAUGUUCCACUCCUUCAAGCAGUUUCCCAGAUAUGUGACAGGCGCUUGCUGCCUUUUCCUGGCUGGCAAAGUGGAGGAAACCCCAAAGAAGUGUAAAGACAUCAUCAAAACGGCUCGCAUUUUACUAAAUGAUGUGCAGUAUGCCCAGUUUGGAGAUGACCCAAAGGUGCAGCAUUCAUCACCCUGUUGUCUUGACACAGAAGAAGUGAUGGUGUUGGAAAGAAUCUUGCUGCAGACUAUCAAAUUUGACCUGCAGGUGGAGCACCCGUACAUGUUCCUGCUCCGCUAUGUCAAGCAGCUCAAAGGUGACAAGAAUAAAGUGUGUAAAGUGUUGCAAAUGGCCUGGACUUUUGUCAAUGACAGCCUCUGCACCAUGCUGUCUCUGCAGUGGGAGCCAGAGAUCAUCGCGGUGGCUGUCAUGUACCUGGCUGGCCGUCUCUGUAAGUUUGACAUCCAGGAAUGGACAGCCAAGCAGUCGUCGCGCCGCUGGUGGGAGCAGUUUGUCCAGGAUGUCCCAGUUGAGCUGCUAGAAGAUAUUUGCCACCAGAUCCUGGACCUGUACUCUCAGGGCAACAAGCCCAUCCCUCAACAGAUCCAGGAGAAGGAGCGGUUCCCAGCUCCUCCUCUCCCUAUUCCUCCAGCAGCACAGAGUCAACCGCCAGCCCCCAACCCGCCUCCCCCUCCGCCGAAGAAGACCUCCCCUCCUGUUGGCAGCCCUGCUCGCCAGCCCAAACGACCACACACUUCUCCAAAAGAUGAACCAAAGGCUCCAGAACAAGUUGGAUCAAAGAUACCUCGACUUGAGAGCCCGAUGCCGCCGCUUCCUACGCCACAGCCUCCGCCAGACCGCAAAGCCCCCGCACCUGCCCCUCCCACGGAGGCAGAACCAGGAAGCGAGUCUGCACCGCCUCCCCCACACGCACCGCCUCCCCAUCAGCCGCCUCCCCUCCCCCACCGCCCUCCUCCGCCUCCCCCCUCCAACUACAUCAUGUCCACCAGCAGCUCCUACAUGUCUGGGGAGGGUUUCCAGAACCUGCAGUCCAUGAUGAAGACAGAGGCUCCCUCUUACACCCCGAUCCCUCCCAGCUACGCGCCGCCGAUGCCACCAUACCACCCCCACGUCUAUCCCCCACCCACAGCACCACCCCCAGGCCCUCCUCCUCCUCCCCCCUCCAGUUACCCACCUCCCAAUUUACCUCCAACCUAUCCACCGCCAGGCUACAACAGCUAUCCGCCGCCUCCUCACAUGCCGCCAGGUCAUGGACCGCCUCCAGGCAUCGGCCUGCCUGCUGGGUACCCGCCUCCUCCCCCAGUGCCCCCUGGACAGUCACAGGUGCCCCUCCCUCCUCCACCUGGCAUGCCGCUGAACCGUGGCGGUUGGAUGAGAUGAAGAUGUGUAGGAGUUUAACUGAGCCUCAACCAGAGAUGGAUGACAAGUGGACGCCAGGAACUUUAAUAAAAACUGGCCAAUAAAUCUACACCUGAAAGCAAGAGCGGCCUCAAAAAUCUGCAGUGUUUCUGAAAUAAUUGGCUGAAACAUCAGUUAUUCUUUUUGUGCCCAAUUCAUGGAGCUAUAAAAUUCUGUCCUCCCACCUUUUUGUUUUUGUUUUAAAGCAGAAAAUAUAAGCACCCUCAAAUAUCUCUCCAAAAAUCUUUUUUUUUUUUUUUUCCUGUGGUCAAAUUGCUGAGUGUGGGAGGACAAAGUGUUCUUUUAAGUUUUUGUUGUGGUUUGUUUUAAGUUUGCCAUCAGAGGGACUCCUGUCAUUUUCUUUAAAACGAGAAAUCUGAGUAUUUCUGCCUCCAUUUGAUCCUUUUGUCAACGUUCCUACAUUUUUUUUUUUUGCAAGGAGCGAUAUUAAGCGGAAUCAGCUCACAGUGGGAUAGUUUGGAAAAUAACAUGGAAAUUAAGAUACUGUGCAGUUUUUUUUUUUUUUUUUUUUUUUUUUAUGAAAACACACACAGGGUGUUUGUUUCCUGUGAAAGUUGUGUUUUACUUUGGAUCUUUUCCACUUUGCUGUUUUUCUUUAUUAAAUGCAGGUAUUGGAGAGAACCUGUAAUAAAACAUACUUUGUCAAACACUGGGCAGUCUAAGACUAUAUGUGCAUGUAUGCCUUAUUUUCUAAAGAUUUUGGAUCUGUAUGCAUCUUUGUCAGGCUUCUCUUUAACAUAUUCAUAUGUGUCUGCACUCAGCUUUGUCUCUAAAUUGCAAUUAGGACAAUAAAAACCUGCCUAUCUUACUUUAAACUGAA